AUGGACAGUCUCUAUAUAGACCCGAGUACACAAGACUCACGUCAAUGCAGAUCAAGGUCCAAUAGUUAUCUAUCUUCGACGGCCGCACAAUUCCAAGGGUUGAACAUAGAUAAUCCGUCUUCCUCAAGCGAUCAGGUUGCUGUUACUUCUUCGGAACAUCUGACUACUGCCGCCUACCGCACUGCAUCUCCAUCAACGUAUCCUGACUCACACCCAUCACCCAAGACAUUUAUCUCGACUCCGGUGCCUGAACAGUCCAUUCCUUUUCCCUUGCUUUCACAGAGUGAUUUGGAUGUCGACUGGGCCUUCUUAUCUGCAACUGAAGAGCAUUCUGGGUCUGCACCACUCCUCAGACUAGACCCUGCCCAAUCUUUCCCCGAAGAUCAGUCAGUUGGCCACAGAUCUUUCCGGUCAAAUUCCAAUCCUUAUCCAGCAAAUAUGAGUACUCUCGGGAUUCAACAAUAUGACGGGAGAUUCGAUGCCGGCAUGCAAAGCGCUAUCCGACAUACCUACACAUGGCCUCAAUUCGAUAUGAAUCAGGACUUCCUUUCUCAAAACCCAAGUCCGGGCCUGAGCCCGGGACAACUUACCCCAGCUGUAUUUGAUGAGCCGAAGCUCAUGCCGGUGUAUGCGAGGUCACUAUCUUCAAGCCCACCACGAGGAAGCCUUACCCCAGAGCAAAGAGAGCUGAAGCGCCAACGGGACUUUGCGAGGAGAGAUUCAAAGACGCGGAUCAGAAGAGAUCGAUCCACGAGCAACCAGAGCAACCCAUAUAUCGUUUCUCAGAAUGGGUCCCCAGAUCUCCUAGCGAGAACUCUUCCAGAAUACGCCCACAGUCCAUCUCCUCUUCUCUCCCAAGGGUCUUUACAAGCUUCUCCCGCUCUGGGAAGCAACUCUUUCCUUACACCAUACUCUCCACCUCUCAACCAAGGUGCUCUCAACGAUCAGACAACACCCGAUAUGUACAGUCCAGUCUUUUCAAUGGGUCCCAAUGAUUUCAAUUCUACACCAGCAUACCCUAUGAAUUUCCCCACCCAAGACCCUAACAUGCAAGCGUUCGUCGGACGGCCACAUUCUCUCUCUUCAGCCUCAGAUCAGCCAAACAUGUAUCGAAGUCAGCAAGUGAGUCCAAAGAUAGCGUCGACGGAAUCAGGAGACCACGUUCGGGUGGUUCACAGCCGUCCUAAGCCACAAUGCUGGGAACACGGCUGCAACGGGCGUCAGUUUUCUACUUUUAGCAACCUCCUGCGCCAUCAGCGAGAGAAGUCCGGCGCAGCACAGAAAUCGAGCUGCCCCAACUGCGGUGCGGAGUUUACACGGACGACCGCGAGGAAUGGACACAUGGCGCACGACAAGUGCAAGUCCCGGAGGAACUCGUGA